AUGGGCUGCAACGAGUCGACUCAAGUUUCCAGUGAUGUUGUGCCUGACUCGGGGAAGUCUAUGCUGCAGAGUGGCAAGCCCCACUUCCUCGCGGAGAAGAUCUUCGAGAAGUACGACCACAACCAGAACGGCCUCCUGGAGGCCUCCGAGCUGGCGGCCCUCAUGAAGGAUGCCUUCCCAGGCGAGACUUUUACUGAGCAGGAUCAACAGCUCAUGCUGCAAAGCUUUGACUUCGACCAGAACGGCUCCAUCGGCGUCAACGAGCUGCGGGCCUUCCUGAGGCUUUAUGUGCCGGGUCAGUCGAUGAUUAAAACCAAGACUGCGCUCAUCAUCAUUGACGUGCAGAACGACUUCAUCACUGGAACCCUGGCCAAUCCCUACAAAGCAGCCGAGAUUGUGCCGAUCAUCAACAACAUCCGCGACAAGUUUGAUUGCGUGUGCAUCUCCUACGACUGGCAUCCCUUCGAGCACUGCUCCUUCGCGGAGAGCGUGAGUGCCGGGAAGUUCCCCAUCAAGGAGAAAGUGGAGAAGUUCGCGCCCUUCACCCCAAUCACGCUGGUGGCGGACAAAGACAGGCCGGAGCACUCGCAGAUGCUGUACCCCCGGCAUGCUGUGAUGGACUCGGAAGGCGGGAAGUGCCAUGCAGACCUGGUGGUCAAGGACCAGGACUUGCGGGUCUACAAGGGCACCAAGCCCAACAUCGACUCCUAUUCUGCCUUCUUUGACAACAUCAAGGCCAACGACACUGGCCUCACGGCCAUGUUGGAGAAGGAGGGCGUCACAGAUGUGUACUGCUGCGGCUUGGUGACCGACAUUUGUGUCAAGUCUACCGCGCUGCACGGCGCGGAGGUUGGCUUCAACGCCUAUGUCAUUGAGGAUGCCAGCAAGCCCUUGGAUCAGAACAACAUCGAGCCCACCAAGAAGGCCUUGGCGGAGGCGGGGGUCGGAUGGCUCACCUGCAAGGAGGCCUUGGCCAAGAUUGAGUCUGGCAAGAAAGAGCUCACCUUGCGGGAGUACAUGUCCCAGGCGAAGAAGAGCGUCUACGCGAAGCGCGUGCACAGCGAGCUCGAGGGUACCCUCUCCUCGCACGCCGCGAAGAAGUGA